AUGAAUGUUCUAACAAACACACUAAAAGGGUUAUAUGAUGUAUCUGGUGUGGAAGUAGGCCAACAUUUCUAUUGGAAAAUAGGGGGUUUCCAAGUUCACGGCCAAGUACUUAUUACUUCUUGGGUUGUAAUUGCUAUCUUAUUAGGUUCGGCUGCUUUAGCUGUUCGAAAUCCACAAACCAUUCCAACUGGGGGUCAAAAUUUCUUUGAAUAUGUUCUUGAAUAUAUUCGCGAUAUCAGUAAAACUCAAAUUGGAGAAGAAUAUGGCCCUUGGGUUCCUUUUAUUGGAACUAUGUUUCUAUUUAUUUUUGUUUCUAAUUGGUCAGGAGCCCUUUUACCUUGGAAAAUCAUACAACUACCUCAUGGGGAAUUAGCUGCACCCACGAAUGAUAUAAAUACUACAGUUGCUUUGGCUUUACUAACGUCAACGGCCUAUUUUUAUGCAGGUCUUACCAAAAGGGGAUUAAGUUAUUUCGGGAAAUAUAUUCAACCAACUCCUAUCCUUUUACCUAUUAAUAUUUUAGAAGAUUUCACAAAACCUUUAUCGCUUAGUUUUCGACUUUUCGGAAAUAUCUUAGCUGAUGAAUUAGUUGUUGUUGUUCUUGUUUCUUUAGUACCUUCAGUGAUUCCUAUACCUGUUAUGUUCCUUGGAUUAUUUACAAGCGGGAUUCAAGCUCUUAUUUUUGCAACUUUAGCCGCGGCUUAUAUAGGCGAAUCCAUGGAGGGCCAUCAUUGA